CAUCCAUCUCGAAGCCUUUCCUCCAUGCUACCUGAUGCUUGGCCAGCAGAUGCUUGCGUCUUGCUGCUCCUCGUGGCCCGAGGCUUGGAGGAUGUUGCGCUUGGUGUGGUGGAAGAGACCCUGGAGGCCUUGCGCCGACCGGAAGAUGUCGAACAUUUGCAUUCCGAAAACUGCUUGGAGACUCCAUCGAGAUGUCCACGGAAAGCCGAGUGCGAUGUGGUGUUGCCUCCACUGGAGCGGAGCCGCUGGAGUGUGUUGAGUGUCCAGGCGGCGCCCGCGUUUUGCCCUGCGCCGGUCGGGGAGGAAGGCGAAGCGUUUGUUGGGAAAGUUCUCCUGGACCUCCAUGGCUUCAGCUCCCGGCAGCGACAGCAGCUGCUGCGGUUCUUGCAGCGCUUGGGCCUCUUUCAGGGCAUCUUGGCCUUUCUGCUGUCGGCCACCGUAGAUCUUCAGGGCCAACGCCUGGGGCGAGGCGGAGAGACGUCCUUCCACGGUUGCUUGAGAGAGAUUGAGGACGCGGUGCGGUCCGCCGCGCCCCGCUGGGCCGCCGCCCGAACGUUGCACCGUGAGUUCCGCUGUGGCCGUGUGGGCGCGCGGGAGUCAAUGAGCUGCAGGAGCACGACACCCUUCCGUGCCUCCUGCGUGCGCGAUGGGCGGCACAGAGGCUUCCGUUCCCAGGAUGUCAUGGCGGCGAUGGGUGCAGGGGCCUUGGAAGCCAAUGCGGACUUGCAGAUCGACCUCUUGAGGAACUCAUGGGAUUCUUCAGCGACGAGCUGUUCGUGUGCGGAAUUUGGCUUCAAGACGAGUGGAGAGUGAAUCCUCGUGGAGAGCUCCACAACGGUGCCGACCGGAACUUCCACUGCGUGCCCGUCGGGGACCGGCGUCCCUACCUUCCACAUGACGUCCGGAACUUGCCUCGUUUGCGGCCAUCCACAGCCCUGUUGAUGCUGAAGAUGGCAAAGCCUUGCCCAGGUGAGCGGCUCCUGGAUCCGUUUGGAGGUGUCGGCACCAUUGCUGUUGAAGCUGCAUGUCGCUUCCCUGGACUGCUGUGCAUCAGCUCCGACAAGGAUCCAAGCGCCUGCCACACUGCCAGCCUGCAUUGCCAGCUGGCGAAGAAGAUGGGUGUCCUUCAACCAGGUUCCUCCCUGGAACGCCGUCAGUGGGAUGCCAGGAAGUUGAAGCUGGAGCCUUGGCCUUUUCGCGCCUGGAGCCCCCGGCAGGACCCUACAGCCGGGCCCUGCACCCCAAAGAUGGCCCCGGAUUCAAUCGACGCCGUGGCCAGGACCGGUUCCGAGGCACUGAAUGCUGUGAGAGCAGAAAAUGGAAAUCCCUUAGACAAGUGCUCGGGGAAGGGAGCCAAC